GGAAACAAAUGGGAGGACCAAUGGUUUACUGGUGGUUUUAGAGAACAUCAACAUGAAAAACCAUCAAUGUGUCAAUGAAACAUUGCUUCAACAAAUAUGACCUGACCUUUUCCUCUCCAUAGCCAUCUGUAUACACAAAGACACACAAAUACAAGCAUGUGAGAGAGUCGGAUGUGUUUAAUGAAAAGGCUUUGACAGACAAGAUCAACUGAAAUAAAAACACAACCAACAUCUCAUAAUUUUGUGUUUUGGCAGAAACAUUGUUCCUAUUUAAAAUGUAUCUUCAAAACAAACAAAAAUAAAAGCUCAGCAGUAAAUUGAAGGACUUACAUCCAAGACAUUCAGAGUUACAUCAUUGCGCAACACAGAGGCAAGUAGUCAGCCAGGGAUAAAUCAGUUUCAAUCCUCCCUCCUUUUUCUCCCUGUGACUGGUCGCUGCCUGUGUCAGUUGGUGGGGGGGAGGAGGGGGAGGGUCGCACCGCUAAUUUCUGUAUGCCUGCAUGUCAAUUUAAGCCUCUCAUUGCGUCUUUCUGUGCGGUGAGCUCCGGCGGACGCGCACAGUCUCGGAUUUCCACGUUUGGAUCAAAUCAGAUGCGUCUACCUGUUCACCCAGAAGCUAAGGAUUCCAGCGCGCGCGUCCUGUUCCCGUCCCUGUCCCAUGCUGCGUACUUCGCGGACCAAGUACUCCAAACUUUACUCCUGAGCUCCUGACAACAAACUGUGGCGGUGAGUUCAUGUGGUUAAUCCUCCUGACAGCAGCGGAUCGGGUUCUGUGGAAAACUUCCUGACGCGGGGUUCGCAACCAUGUUCAGCAAAUGCGCCGUUCUUUCACUCAACGUGCUCUUUCUGGUGCGUGCGCUCUUGGCGCACGAGUGCACGCCCUGUAACCUUCGGACUUGUCCCGUCAAGCCACCACUGCACGGCUGCGCGGGUGGCCGGAGCUUGGCGAAGGAUCCAUGCGGAUGCUGUGAUCAGUGCACGCGGCUGGAGUGGGAGAGGUGCGGUGGUCAGGACUGGACGCACGGAUACUGCGCUCUGGGGCUGACCUGCGCUUCUGUCAAUAAAACGGGAGCUGCCACCAUCCCUGAGAUUGGGGUGUGUAAGGUCAUUCCUGAUCAUCCAGAUGCUGGCCUCGUGGAUGAGCGCUGUCCUCUAAUGACGGGCUGCGAUAGAGCUGGAAGUCAGUGUGUGUGUGAUGCACGUCACUCCUGCUUGGGCUCCUUUGCCUAUCCAGACCAAGAAACCUGUCUGAAGGGCAGCAAAUCAGAUGGUCGGAGACACGAUCAUCGGGACAGGCACAGAGAAAAGUACGUCGGACCUUCCAACCCAGCAUGCUUGUUCUCUGGGUGUAACCUGACUGCUGAGGGCUGCGUUUGUGAGUCUCAGAGCUGCCACCACCACUUUGCCUACAUCAACCGGAGCCAGUGCCAGGAAGCAGCAGAGGAGCUGAGGUGUGCCGGGGUGACAUGUCCUGCUUUUCCGUUGCCUUCCUGCCCCAAAGGGUCAGUCCUGACCAAGAGUUACACACCUCCUACUGGUUGCUGCACCUCCAUACCACCCCAGUGCACUUGUGACCUCCGUGCCUGCCAGAAGCCCCACUGCCCGAGUGGUCAGCAUCUCAUUCCAGUCAGUCAAGCCAGUGGUCUGCCUGGAGACUGCUGCGAUGUCUUCAAGUGCCAAAAAGUUUCACCAAAGUGUGUCUUCAAUGGGAAAAACUUCUCUGAGGGCGAAGUGUACCGCAUGGAUUCCUGCUGGCUGUGUCAGUGUCGCGGAGGAAUCUCCUUCUGCUCCAAGACCGAAUGUGCCGAGCUGGAAUGUGAAAACUUCUAUGUUCCUGACGGCGAGUGCUGCCCUGUCUGCAUAGGUAUAGAGCUGUUGUCAUUAGACAGCACAACAAACAACUGUUGGGUCAAUAAUAAGCUGCGAGCCCAUGAGGAGCAGUGGAAGGAGGAUGACUGCACCUUCUGCCAGUGUGUGGAUGGAGAGCCUCACUGCACAGCCAUGGCCUGCAAACAAACCUGCCAAAACCCCGUGAAGAUCCCCGGAGAGUGCUGCCCCUUCUGUGAAGAGCCUUCUUACGAGACAGUUAGUCCCCUUUUAUGCCCACCUCUGGAAAACUGCUCUUUGUCAGUGAAUGACUGCCCCUAUGGCUUCCAUCAAGACAAAAAUGGGUGCCUCCUCUGCCAGUGUCUCAACAAUGAUUCCUGUCCAGAAUUGGAAAAAUACUGUUCUCUGCAAUGUCCAAUGGGAUAUGAGAAGGAUGAUUUUGGCUGUGAAGUGUGUGAAUGCCACAUCCCAACGCCCAAGUGCCGACCUCUGACCUGCACAAAGACCUGCCCUUAUGGAUAUGUGAGGAACAAACAUGGCUGUGAAAUGUGUCGCUGUGUCAAAUGUCCUCCCUUCACCUGCGAUCAGCACUGCAGCAAUGGAUAUCGACUGAACAGAAAGGGAUGCUCCAUCUGCACGUGUAAAGAAAGUGUCCCAACCACCACCGCCCCAGCACCAACACCCAGCUACUGCCUCACCUCCAAUGGUCUGCACUAUGAGGAAGGUGCCAGCUGGCAUGACGGCUGUCGUGACUGCUAUUGUCAUUCAGGAAGAGAGAUGUGUGUACUUAUAUCCUGCCCCAUACCCAGCUGCUCUCACCCCGUUGUCAAGCCUGAUCAAUGUUGUCCUACCUGUGAAGAUGAGUCAGGAAGUGGACAACCAGAGGGGGUGGACACGGUUUGCAGAGCACCUGGAGGGGAGUUUUAUGUAGAGGGUGAGACCUGGAACCUAGACGAGUGCACACGCUGCACCUGCAGGGAGGGACGCGUCCUGUGCGACACCGAAGUGUGUCCCCCGGCUCUUUGCCAGACACCCAUCAGGAACAAGGACACCUGUUGCCAUGUGUGUCCAGAGGAGACCCUUAUCUCUUUGCUGCCAGUGAACAGAAGCCAGCAGCAGUACUGUAUAACCAGCGAAGGAGAAGUGCUAAUAGCAGGAGACUCCUGGAAGGCUAACGCCUGCACCAGUUGCACCUGCAACAAUGGCACCAUUCAGUGUUUCUCUCAGCGCUGUCCGGCUGCAAAAUGCAGGGUGCCGGUUCUACGCAAGGGCCAGUGCUGUCCACACUGUCUCGAUUCAACAACAUCGGUGCCGGUGAUGGUGUCCACCACCACCUCGAAGUCGGUGGCUUCCACCACGGUGAAGAAGGAAUUUUGGGUUACUACGGUUACAUUCCCACUCGUCAUUGCUGAUACAGAUGAGCCACGUUUUGGUGAAAACUACCCCAGCCAAACAGAGAUGGCCCUUGUUUACCAAUCGGCUGCCUGGAUCCUCGCUGGCCUCCUCCUGGCCAUCAUCAUCUUCCUCAUUGUGGCCUUGCUCAUCAACAGAAAGAAGAAGUGGGUGCAGAUGUCCUGCUAUAGUGCACCAAAAAAGACGGUGAUCCUGAAGAAGCAUGUGAACAAGAGCUCUGUCAUCUACAUGGAACCCUCCAAGGAGAACAAAUUUCAGAACGUGAAGAAUGACUGUGGCAUCAUUCAUUUUUCUCCAGAAAUGAGCUCCCCAUGCACAGACAAGAUGACCAUCCCCAGGGCCAAGCUGAGCAUGAACGACUGGACGCCCCACUAAAAUAAAUAAAUAAAUAACAGGAGAAGAAUAGAAAAGAAACUCUGCUGAUCAGAGCUGUCCUGCAACAACUCCUCUCUCCUGCUGUGUUUUCUGUGGACUCUUUAAUCAUGCACACUCCCAGGAUGGCCCAGUUUUCCAAAUUUUCCUCAUUCGUCGGGGAAGCUCAACAAGAUAUGAAACGGUUCUUUUCAUUAUGAGUCCAUAAUCAUCUGUUUUUUGGACGUUCAGGUAGAAUGGCGUGAUAAGUGGACAUGUUACGGACACCCUGGCCUGUGCUUUAAAACUGAAAAGUAGGACAGACAGAGAAACUGUGAACACUGUAAUAUUACUGCUUCGACUUGCCUCCUUUGGAACUGGAACUUUCAGGCUAAAUGUGGAGCAUAAAAAGCUUUAGAACAGGGGCUUUAGGUUUGAAGGGGAUAUGCUAACCUCCAGCAAAAGCGGCAAUGCAACGUGGAAGUAACCAAAGAACAGUUGAACUGCACUUGCGCUGCAGAUCCCCAGAUGCCAACCCCUGCUUUAGAAUGUGGUUUCUAUCUUAGUUGUAUUUUUUACAGUGUUUGUGUCCCUGUAGGGGUAUAUUGGUUUGAUUUUUUUUUUAAAUAAUACCAGUCUAAACAUUCCCCUUGCUCCAAUAUGUGAAGGACAAGUGUCACAAGAUUAGCUUUGCUGACCUUCAAAUGCCCGGAACCACAAAUCUAUAAAAAAUAUAAAGUAUAACUUAUUGUCAUGUGAUUUUGCUUCUUUUAGAACAAAAUCAUCCUUAUUGUUGAGCUGAAGCCAUUUUCUUUUCUUUGGUCACUUUGAGUUUCACACUGAGGCUGAAGGUCUUCUACUUCCUGCAUUAGCUGCCGAUAGAAAAUAGACGAGGAAACACUAGGAUUAGAAAAGCCAGUCAGAUCUACAUCACACCGAAAAUUUGCAUCAUGGACUCACCCAUCUUGGCUCACAAUGGGGAAGGCUGUUGUUGGUUUAGUGUCCAAGAGAGAAGAGCACGUCUCAGCUAGACAAAGCUAACCAUUAGCAUUAGCAACUCCGCCACAUGGCAGAACUCCUCCUGAUUUGUUUCAUUUGUGGAGAUAAAACAUCAGUGUUACAGAGCAAAAUUAUUCAGUGGUAGAGUUGCAUUGCUGUUAUCCAAUCACAGGCGAGAUGUCUGGAUAACAGAAAAUAACACUCUAAAUCCUGUUGUCUUCUGCUCCCUACUCCUCUGGGUCAUUUUUAAUUCCUGAAACAGGAGCGCCAGAGCUUUUUUUCCUCAGAUGUCGACUCAUAAGGCAUUCAUUUAUACAAGAGUGCACAGCAAAUGUAAUGAAUAAAACAAGUGAACUUAGUCUUUAAGACAAAAAUAGACAAAUUAGGUGGUAUUUGCUUUGUCUGGUUCUGACAGGAAUGUCUUUGCUACACCUUGUUUACAGCCAUGAGCUGUACAGACCACUGAUGGCUUGGAAUAUUUAUUUGCAAAGCCUAAUUUAACAGCCUUAAUGCAUUUUCUAUUUGGAUUUUUUUUGUCCUUAUCCAUAUUAUCACACACCUUUACUUUAGAUACAGUGAAUAAAAAGCUGCAGAUUUCCUAAAGAGAUAAAACCAUAAUCAGAUGUUAAAAAGACAUAAAGGUUACACAGAGUUCUUAAAGCUCCCCAGUAGAGAUGUUGUCACUAAAUGCUUUGCAACAGUCUGGUCAGUGGAAGGAAGGACACAUUCUGGGAAGAAUUGCAAACAAACUCCAAGCUGGUUUCUUAUUUUUUUUAAUUAAACUUCUGAUUGCCAACAUCUCAAUUCAAGAAACAAUUUAGAAGCCAAAAUUGGUUAGAAACUGAAGUUUUUGCAGUACAUGUGUAUCUGUUUGAAUUGUGCUUUAAAAGUGAAGAGGCGACUGUAAAAGCUAAAGCUUUUUUUUUUUGUAAAAAAAAACUUAGUUCAGAUAAGUAGAUAAGAAGAGUAGCUUAUUUAUUUUUUCACAUAGUUUUAUUUAUUGAUACAAUAGUUUUUUUUUCUUUUAUUUGGAAAGUGAUCUUCAAGUAGCCAAAGCUGAUGUACAUUGUAGAACAUUUACCAUUUCUGUCUGCUAUACGCGAUUAUUUAUUUCAUUGUUGCAAAUCUUGUAAAUAUGUUUCUAGAUCAUAAACUGUAACAUUUACACCUAUUUUAAAAAAGAAAUAAAUGUGUGAACCAAA